AAACAUUUUUGACAUUUAGAAAAUAUGCAUUUGUGAAAUUUGUUUGUUGUGUGCGCCAAAUUGUCUAAAGAGUAUUUUUGGAAAUUAAUAAGUGAAUAAGUGUAAAAGUCUCAAAUUCGGAACUUAAAAUCAUAUCUUUCCCAAAAUCUAAAGAUUUAAUUGACGUUAUUUCCCCAAGAUGUCGUUUUUUGGAGCCAACAAUUCGUUGGGUGCAACUAGCACCCCGGCUAAACCUACCGGAUUAUUUUCCUCCUUUGGUACUGGAACAGGUACGGGCACAACAUCGGCUUUUGGUACUACGUCGGCUCCCACACUUGGUGGGUUUGGUGGUUUCGGUUCGACGACAACAAGUACGACCACAGCACCGACUUUAGGAGGAUUCGGAACAUUUGGUACAGCUAAUACGGCCACUUCAUCUGCUCCCAGUUUAUUUGGCGCUGCUAAUACAGCUACAUCAACUGGUUUUGGUGGUUUUGGAGCAACAGCUGCUAGCUCUCAAGCGCCAACGUUCGGUGGGUUUGGUACAUCUACGGGUAAUACAGCAGGUGGAUUUGGUGGCUUCGGAGCGACAUCUACCACAUCCACAGCUCCAGCGUUUGGAGGUUUUGGCACUCAGACAUCAACUGGAGGAUUUGGAUCCUUUGGAACAACGUUUGGGAAACCAGCCACAAAUACAACAGUCACACCAGGUUUUGGGGGGUUCGGGGGUAACACCGGCUUUAUGAUGGGUCAACAGCAGCAGCAGCCUCCUCCCAUCUCCGCGGAUGAAGCUUUCGCUCAAUCUAUUUUCAAUGUUUCCAUUUAUGGCGAUGAACGGGACACAAUCAUCGCUAAAUGGAAUUACUUGCAAGCAAUGUGGGGUAUUGGUAAAUCAUUUUAUUCACAAAAUGCAGCACCGUUUGACAUUACACCUCAAAACUAUUUAUGUCGGCUAAAAGCUAUGGGCUACAGUCGCUUGCCAGGAAAGGACAAUAAAAUGGGACUAGUUGCACUGAAUUUCAAUAAACCCCUCGCCGAUAUAAAAGCUCAACAGCAACAGAUAAUCACUACAUUGAAUGGGGUUUUUGGUAAUCGACCCAAUUUACAAAUAAACAUAGAGUCAAGUAAGGAAUGUGAUGAAAAGAAAAGUCAACUUGUUAUUUAUGUUGAGGAGAGAUCACAAUUGGCACCCAACGAUACAAAACGUAUUUUGGCCACUGAUUUGGCAAACUAUCUAAAUCAGGCCAAUGUCAAGGGACAGCUAAAUAAUUUGGGUGUUUCAGAAGUCUUGGCUUUGGUAUUGCCUGAUGAAGAUCAACUAAAGGAAUACCUUGAGAAUCCACCUAAAGGUGUUGAUCCUCGCAUGUGGCGACAAGCCAAGCUUGAUAAUCCCGAUCCCACAAAAUUCAUACCGGUUCCAAUGAUUGGUUUCAAUGAUUUAAAAUGGCGUAUAAAGUGCCAAGAAAAUGAAACUCAAACCCAUACCUUGUAUCUGCGUAAAGUCGAAAAUGAUUUAGCCGAGUUAAGACAAAGACAUACAGCAGCAACUGCAAAAAUAAUGGAAUACAAACGUAAAUUGGCCGAAUUAAGUCAUAAAAUAUUGAAGAUAAUUGUCAAACAAGAAUGCACACGUAAGGUUGGUUUGGCACUGACGCCAGAGGAAGAAAAUUUACGCUCCAAAUUAGAAAAUAUGCAAGCUCUUAUAUCGGCUCCCACACAAUUUAAGGGUCGUCUCAGUGAAUUGUUGUCUCAGAUGCGUAUGCAACGGAAUCAGUAUGCCCUAACUGGUGGUAGUGAAUAUACCAUCGAUAAAGAUUGUGAGGAAGAAAUGAAAUCCUUUUUGAGCAUGCAACAAAAAGCAAUGGAAGUUCUUACCGAUACUGUAACGAAAGACUUGAAAGCUCUACAAAUUAUUAUUGACGGAAUGCCAGAAUUGGUUCGAGGUUGAUAUCGUUUUUUCUGUUUUAUUUAUUUAGGUUUGUUAUAAGAGUUUUUUGAAAAAGUAAAUUCGAAAUUUUUAUGAAAAAAAUAAAUUGAAAAUUACUUUCAUAUAAAAGUAUGAUGUUAUACAAUUUAUUCCAAGUAAAAA